GAUGCCUUUCCUAACUUCGAUUUGUUUUAUUUUAAUAGCCGCUCAAGCCCAUGGCGAACCUCUGGGUUAUUCCUACCACCCCAACAAUGAAAAAACCGAAGUUGAGAUACAAAAGGUGGAAGUUUACGAAGUACCUUGGGUAGGAGAUUUACCUCCUCAACAGCAAUAUGGUCCUCCUCAGAAGGAAUACGGUCCUCCUCGGCAACAGUACGGUCCACCUCAGCCACCCAGUCAAGAAGGUACGACCACAAGUUACCCCGAUCUUACUACGACUUCGCUACCGGCUAACGCAACGAAUAGUACUUCUGACGAGGGUGGCAACAAUACGACGAAUGUACAAAAUGCGAAACUCCAAAGCGGUACAACUGAACAGGGGCAGUACUACGUUUACCACCCAUCGGGGGUAUUACAGAGGGUUGCGUAUGUGACAAGAGACGAUCCUGCUAGAAUGGAGUUUUCUGCGAGGCUGAUGUACAGGAACGUGGAGCCAGUUAGGGGGCCUAUUUAUACGUACGAUCCGGACACCUAUGUAUUUUCCAGAAUAAAUAAAUAUCUCAAAUUUACUGGCAAGCACAAUACGCAAUCUUCUUCUUCUUUAUGUGCCGGCUCCUCUAAGAAGACAACAAUGUUCGUCGUAGUUUUGUUCGUGGCUAUUCUAGCUUCGGCACUAGCCGAAGCUCCGUCGAGAACCGAUCAAGCUCGUCCGCAAACCAACCCAGAAUUCGCACCGUAUCUCCCAUCGGGAUGGAAACCUUCAGGACCCAUCUUUCGUUUUCCAGACAAUCCUCCGAUCCCGGUAACCUUCUUCAGUCCGCCACCAGACCAACCACCGCUAAGCUAUGGACCUCCAUCAGAUGCGACCACUCCCUUGCCGGAUCUGACCACUACAGAAUCGAUUACGGAAAUAACCACGACGGAAUACUCAGAGACCAAAAACGAAACAGCUGCUCAGCUGCAAAAAGAAGAUUUGAGGCAACAAGAGCAGGACGACAAAGCAAAACUGAACGAAUCUGAAGAUGGGAUUUACUACAUCUAUCAUCCAAGCGGACUGCUUCAAAGGGUCGUGUACUCCACGAGAAACGACGCGCAAAAUAUGGCGUUCAGCGCUAAGCUGAAGUACGAAAAUGUGGAUCCUAUCAGCGGGCCUGUUUACACAUACGAUGCUCAGAGUUUCGCAUUCAUGAGGUUGUAUUAGCGAGAGUGUGCCAUUUAUUUAUUAAAUUUCCGUAUUUUUUUUUCUAUAUUUUUAUAUACAAAAAUAUAAUUACAAUUUCGUAUUGGUUUCAAAAGUAUAAAGAUGCAUUUUUCAUAAAACUAACUUUCUCUGUGUUUAUUUUUUAAAAUAAUGUCCAUGGGUUUGCCGCUUCAUAUACAGAGUGAUUUUGGAUACAAUGUGUUUUUGGAUAUUUUCGUAUUAUUAAAAUUAUUGAACGCGUCUAUGCGUCGGAAGAAAUUGCAAUAAUUAAUAUCAUUCAUCUAUUGCCAAUAAGAAGUAAAUCAUUGUUGCAAUUAAAAAACAAUUUAUUGGCAAUAUUUCGAAAUAUACAAUUUUUUGACUUUUAAAAAAUGUUUCAUUUAAAUUUGUAAUGUUAGUUUUUGAUCACCGUUUAUUUAUUUAUUUUUGAAAUUUCAUUACAGAUUUCUAAAGUAGAGUCCUCCCGAUAUAUCUACACAAGUAAAUGAAAAUAAUAAAAUUGUGCAAUUUCUUUUUUAACUUUAAUUAUGUCAAAAAAUAACAUCGCAGUUACAAAAAAAGAGAGAAUUUACACAUAAAAUAUUGGGAAAUUCUACUAAAAUGAUAAUGGAAGGGCCGUAGAACAUGGGCAACGUCAACAAAACGCGUGUACCUGCUGUAAACUUCUAGUAAUGGCUAGAAACCCUUUUUUAGCUAAAUCUAAUGUGUAGAGUAUACAGUACCUACAGAUACCGCUCAGUAUGACCAAGAUAAUUUUUAAAAUUUUUAAAUAAAACUUCCUGUAAAUCAGUGUGGCACAACAUUUCUUCUUAGUGAUUUGGGUUAAUCCUUAAUAAUAUUUCCAAAACGGAAGAAAUAUCAGUGACUUUAAUUAUGGGCCAGACGAUAUAUUAACUUUUGUUUAAUUGUGAACGGAAGAAACUUCUAUUAAAGAAGGUCAUAAAACCUCUAUAUUUUUCAAUAAAUCUAUAGCGAAAACGAAACGAAAAAUGAAAAUUUAUACAAUAUUAACAAUGAAAUAAAAAUAAUAAUAACAAAUUUUAGAAGAAUCAUAUAAAUAGAUAUAUAAAAUAAUAUAAUAUAAGAUAUUGUAGGACCUAUCUCCAUAGU